AUGCACGGUGGUACAACUGCUGGUCCUCUCAUCCACAACGUUUUGUUUGUCUCUUUACGCAUCAGCAACAUCCCAACAGACCGCCUUCCCGAUAUUGCACAACGCUUUAUACCUCCUAACCAAUCGCCUACCCCUAUGAAAUCAAAAGUGGCCAUUCUCGUAGCGUACACCGGAACGCCCUUCCAUGGUCUGCAAUACCAAAGAACCGGUGUACCGACAAUAGAACAAACACUCAUAAACGGUUUAGUUGAGAUGAAUUUAAUAAAAAGGAUCAACAGCACGGAUCCUAAGAAAAUGCAUUUGCAGAGGGCGUGCCGCACCGACAAGGGUGUUCACGCUGCUUUUAAUGUUAUUGUAGUUAAUUUGGAGCGGGGAUGUUAUGACGAGUUUAUUAGGCGGUUUGAUCGAUUAUCUGCCGGUACGAUCGGUGUUGUUAAUGAUGAGAGAAAUGAUGAGAGAAAUGGUGAGAGAAAUGGUGAGAGAAAUGGUGAGAGAAAUGGUGAUAAUAUGGACAUCCCUAAAGAAAACAGCAUAAGCAACACAUCAUUGGCUCUCGCUCAUCAUAUUCACGUGUACGAUGUGGUGCGAGUGCCAAAAUCAUUCAAUCCGAAAAACAGAACGGACUACAGAAUUUACAACUACCUGGUACCGAAGCACAUGCUAAAAGUGGACAAGGAAACGCUUUCAAGCAUUUUUGAUUUAUACGUUGGAACGAAGGAUUACCACAAUUUUACCUUGGUAAGCAAUAAAAGAGGAAGCGCACGGUUGAUAAAAAGCAUUGAGGUGAGAGAGGCGGCUGGCACAAGCGAAUGGUACGAGAUAAAAAUAAGUGGGCAGAGCUUUAUGAUGCACCAGAUAAGAAAAAUGAUUGGAUUUGUUUUGCUCAUCGUCAAUUAUCAUGGAAAAGACCGUGGCACUGCUCCCGCGUUGGAAAUCGUGCAAAAAAUUUUUGCGUUGGCAUUUUCUCCGCGCUUGCUGAACAUCCCCAAGGCACCUGCCCAUCCGCUUUUCCUUGAUACGCCCGUGUUCCACAAUUACAACGAGCGGUACGAUAGGCACAGCAAUUUGGAAGUAAACGAGAAAAAGAAAGAAAUAAUCAAAACGAAAAUGAUAUACAGCGAAAUAAUGACACAGGGAUGUGUAGACAUGUUCAAGGAAUGGCAGGAGUGCAUAGAAGCACACAUAUACGAGUACGAAUACCUAAAGGAAGCAACCUAAUUUUCUAUUAAAUAUUUCUAUUUUAUUAACACAAA